AUGAAAACUCUUACCUUAAUUUUCACAUUCAUCAUGAUGACUACCUUCUCACAUGCAACACCAACAUUAAUCACUCAGUUUCAACCACAAACGAAUCAGUCUUCUAUGCUUAACCAAACUCACCAACAAAAUGAGACUAAGCAUAGUGGUAGCUGCAACUACAUGGUAAACAUAAAGACAAGCUGCAAUUCUCCAUCAUAUACAAAAGAUGAAGUGAGUCUUUUAUUUGCAGAUGCUGAUGACUCACAGGUUUAUGUUCCAAGACUAGAUGAUCCUGAUUCUGGAACAUUUGAGCAGUGCACAACAAAUGAAUUGGAAAUAUUGGGACCAUGCAUCAGGAAAAUAUGCAAACUGUAUCUGUUUAGGAAUGGAACAGAUGGUUGGAUUCCAGAGACUGUUACAGCAUAUGACUAUGAUAAUCCUCCUGUCAAAUUUUACUAUAAUGUUGAUAUUCCUGAAGAUGCUGGCUAUGGUUACAAUUAUUGUGAUAAAGCUUAG